AUGUGCAACGGUGCUCGCCCAUGCGGCACCUGUACCAAGAGGAGUCUGCAGUGUACAUACACAACAAACAAUGGCUCCGAGCAGACCACCCCGGACCAAUUGGCUUCUCCUUCAAAGCGUCGCAAUAUCGAAGAACUACCGACGGUGAAGCCAACCGCCCCAGAUGGGUCCCUCACGUCCGAGAGCCCCGCGGCGGCCACGACGCCAUGGGACUCGAGGCCUCAUCAACCAGUCAAAGAAACGAAAGCAGCAUCAGGGUUCGACGUCAAGCCAUCCAUUGAACAGGACCAUGAUAUGUUGGCAGCAGACCGCGAGUUUGAUAUCCGCUCCAGGCACAGCACGGCCUCAGGACCUGACGAAGAAACUUCGCUCAUGCAAUCCACCAGAAUGUUGCAGGAUCCUACAGGCAGACUCCUCUACGUGGGCGACUCAGCCUCAUUAGCCUAUUUACAGCUCAUACGAAUGAUUGUCGAGGCGAGCGUUGGGCCCAGCGACUUUACCAUGGAUCCUAGCCGCCACAAGAUAAUGGAGGCUACGAGCGCUAUUCCGACGAACAUUCGACCGCCGCAUAUUCUACCCGACAGGGAUACAGCCAACGCGCUGCUCGACUCCUUCUUUACAAAUACCCACGGCUUGAUCGAGGUCUUCAACAGGGAAGCGUUUGAAAAGUCCGUGGAAGCAUGCUACACGGACCCUUUGGCAGCGCAAUCUUCUUUCCUCUGCUUGUUGCACUUGACCUUUGCCAUCGGCACUGUCUUGGGCACGCCACUUCCCGGCAGCAAAGGAGACGUGAUUUUCAAAAAGCUACGAGCAAGUCAAUAUGACCGCGCGGAGCUCUUCUUCAGGAGUGCUAAGGCUCUCGGUGACCCAAUCUCCGGAUUCGAAGACGCAGAUUUUUGGUCUGUGCAGGCACUGUCGUUGAUGGCUGUUUAUAUGCUGGCGGUAUCCAAGCGCAACGCAGCAUACGCUUACUUUGGAAUGGCGGUCCGUUCUGGCUUCGCGCUUGGCCUACACAGGGUCCACGAGAACCACUUCAUUUUCAACGGGGACGAGAUUCGGCUCCGUCGCAACCUCUGGAGAAGUCUAUUCGUUCUCGAUCGGUUUCUUGCCGCGUCACUCGGCCGGCCAGUCGCCAUUGACGAAGAGGAGUGCUCUGCGGAUGCGCUUUUACUGUUUGAAAAGAACCCUCAAGGGGAGUUGAUCCGCGUUACGGACCCCGCCGAUGGACUUGAUGCUGCCGUGCGGUCUUGUCGAAUCGUUGGGCAGAUUCUCAAAAAGAUCUACGCCCGAAGGCGAAUAUCAGUCCGCCUCGCUCAAGAGAUCUGGGAGCAGUGCAACAGCUGGUACACUACCCUCAGUCCCGAAUUGGCGGGUGGCCGGGUGGCCGCCGAUCCCAACAACCCCGCGCACGGCAUCGCGGCUCUCCAUGUCAACCUCUUGUACAGCCACUCCAUCCUCUUACUGACGCGGCCAUUUUUCCUAUGUCUUUUGAGCAAAGUUCACGGCGAGCGAAGCGGUCUCGCUCUCCCAGUUCCCCGAUGGAUCAACCGCAUGUCCAAGUACUGCGAGGCAUGCUUGCACGCUUCCAAUCAGACCAUCAUCUACGUACAAAAGGCGUUCGAGAGCAACUACCUCCCUCAACGAAAUCCCUUUGUUUUGUACUUCCUCUUCGCCGCAUCACUCGUCAUCUUGAGCAAUGAGUUCGCGUCGAUAUACGCCAACCCGACCUACGCUACCUCAAUAUCUAAUACCAUUGCUAUCAUGCGCUACUGCGCCACCAGCGACCCGCAGGCUGCCCGGCUCCUCUUCAUCCUCACAUCGUUCCGCAACGUCAUCUACGAAUUACAACAGAAGAAGACGGAGCAGCCGGCGAUGCCCGCACCCCCGACGCUAUCCCCAACAUCCCUCAACGACCCCAUCGGCACGAUCUUCAAGCCCUCUCGCAAGAACUCGUUUGCUGCUACCACGACGGGCACAACAGGAAACGCCGUCAAGGCAAUGGCACCACCGCCGCUGUCAAUGAAGACGGAUCACAGCUUUCACACGCCUACAGGCGCGUCAGCCGGCGUCUCGCCGGCGGGGAGCACCCCCAGCAUGUCACAGGGCGACCAAAGCGCGCGAAUGGGCGGCGACUCGGACACGGCUGAUGGAGAGCUCGAGUUCGACCAGCUCUGGGGUUGGUCGGCCGUGCCAAACGCGGGACCUAGAGGGUCCCUCGCUUCGGGGACAGCGGUGCCAGCCGCCGUCGGGACUCUUCCCGUUGCCGUAGCCGCUGUUGCGGCUCCAACUACGAACGCCCCUGUAUUUUCUGCGCAAGCCCCCGGCCAGCAGCGGUUUCAAGGCUUUGCUAACUACGUCGGGCCUGGUGGUCCUAAUGGUGCUGCAGUGCCGGCGGCCGGGCCUCCGGGGUUCACAGCUCCAAGUGUACCAAUGUACGUUCCGGCAGAGUACUCUUAG